AUGCUGCUGCGAACCGUGAUACGACCCUCCCUCUCCUUUCCCUCAGUCUUGAGAUCCAUAUCCGCUCCUCUAGCAAGACCGGCUUUCAAGCGUCCUGUUCUCGUUGCAUUCGGCCUCACGGCUUCCCUUCCCUUCAUACAUCCCUCGUCCGUCAUCAGACUCGACUCUUCACCUUAUUCACCAUCUCCCGCAGGUGCCGCUGAAUUUAGCAGCUCCUCCUCCUCGUCCUCAAAUUCCCGCGAAGCCAAAACUCCCCUCACAAAAGAUGGAAAGACGAUCAAUCCUGCCGCUGUUAAACAAAUAAGUUUCGGUUCUAUUCUAGGCCUGGCUGCGGGAGUGGUCGUGUCGGCCUUUUCCACAAGCUUAACGUUACUGAUCGGAUUGGGCAUUGUCGUUUGGCAGCUUGCCGCUCGAAGAGGAUACAAUUUCAUUCCGGUGGAUCGUUUGCAACGAUACUUCAAGAACAUCGAUCUGCACAGUGCAAUCAACGACAAUUUGGCCUUUAAAAUCAGCUUCGGACUUAUGUUUGCCCUUUCCGCCUUCGGUGAGUUCUAA